AUGUUCCAUGGUCGACUAAGUCAGUGUGCUGAGUCCAUCGCCUUCCUCGAUGGUGGUGCUGUAGAGUCACGGACAGCUGAUAAGUUGUUGGCGGCUAAGUUAGAGUUCCAACGUACCUCCAAGAGGCUUGAACAUUUCUACGGCAUAUUCGAUUUUUUCAUAUCCCAGAUGGUACCCCAGAACGCAUCUUGGGUGCUCAGCCUUAUGUACCGCCAAGGCGCUGGUGGCGUUGAAGGAGAUGAGUAUCUGAGUCAUACACUGAGGUAUCUUGGCUCUGUGGUAUCGCAUUCAUUCUCGGCAUUGGGUAUGUUGAUGGAGCUGGGUGGCAAGUGGGUGGGAGCUAGUGGACAUGCUUCAAGGGUGGAAGAGCUCCUGAGGGCCUGUGAGAAAACUACCGCUCGGUUGGAUGGGAGAGUUGAUGCUGAAUCUAGUCACGUCGCAGAAGUUGCCAAGGAUAUGAUAAAGCUUGAGCAAGUGGAUAUUCAGACCCCUGAUGGGGGUCUUGUACUG